GGAAGCCACUGUUCCGCUGCCGCGCUGCAGGGGAUCCACAGCAGAGGCGCAGGUCCCUGGAGGCGGCGCAGGUGCCAGGAGGCCGCUCAGGUCCCAGGAGGCCGCGCAGGUCCUAGGAGGCCCCGCCGGCCGCGCCGAGAUGUGGAAUCCCCUGCACGAAGCCGACUCGACCUUUGUCGCUUGGCGCCGCCCGCGCUGGCUGUGCAUUGGGACGCUAGUGCUGGCCGCUGGCCUCUUGAUCGUCGGCUUCCUCUUCGGAUGGUUUAUAAAAUCCUCCAAUGGACCUACUAACAUUGUUCCACAGCAUAAUGUGAAGAAGGUAUUUUUGGAUGAAUUGAAAGCUGAGAACAUCAAGAGGUUCUUAUAUAAUUUUACACGGCUGCCACAUUUAGCAGGAACAGAACAAAACUUUCAGCUUGCAAAGCAAAUUCAAUCCCAGUGGAAAGAAUUUGGCCUGGAUUCUGUUGAGUUAGCCCAUUAUGAUGUCCUGUUGUCCUAUCCAAAUAAGACUCAUCCCAACUACAUCUCAAUAAUUGAUGGAGACGGAAAUGAGAUUUUUAACUCAUCAUUAUUUGAACCACCUCCUCCAGGAUAUGAAAAUGUUUCAGAUGUUGUGCCACCUUUUAAUGCCUUCUCUCCCCAGGGGAUGCCAGAGGGUGAUCUAGUGUAUGUUAACUAUGCACAGACUGAAGACUUCUUUAAACUAGAGAGGGACAUGAAAAUCAAUUGCUCUGGGAAGAUUGUGAUUGCCAGAUAUGGGAAAAUUUUCAGAGGAAAUAAGGUUAAAAAUGCCCAGCUGGCAGGGGCCAAAGGAGUCAUUCUGUACUCAGAUCCUGCUGAUUACUUUGCUCCUGGGGUGAAGUCCUAUCCAGAUGGUUGGAAUCUUCCUGGUGGCAGUGUCCAGCGUGGAAAUAUCUUAAAUCUUAAUGGUGCAGGGGACCCUCUCACACCUGGUUACCCAGCAAAUGAAUAUGCUUAUAGACGUGGAAUCACAGAUGCUGUUGGUCUUCCGAGCAUUCCUGUUCAUCCAGUUGGAUACUAUGAUGCACAGAAGCUCCUGGAGAAAAUGGGUGGGGCAGCACCGCCAGAUAGCAGCUGGAAAGGAAAUCUCCAAGUGCCCUACAAUGUUGGACCUGGCUUUAUUGGAAACUUUUCUACACAAAAAGUCAAGAUGCACAUCCAUUCUAACAACGAAGUGACAAGAAUAUACAAUGUGAUUGGAACUCUCAGAGGAGCAGUAGAACCAGACAGAUAUGUCAUUCUUGGAGGUCACCGUGACUCAUGGGUGUUUGGUGGCAUUGACCCUCAGAGUGGAGCAGCUGUUGUUCAUGAAAUUGUGAGGAGUUUUGGAACACUGAAAAAAGAAGGAUGGAGACCUAGAAGAACAAUUUUGUUUGCAAGCUGGGAUGCAGAAGAAUUUGGUCUUCUUGGUUCUACUGAGUGGGCAGAGGAGAAUUCCAGACUCCUUCAAGAGCGUGGUGUGGCCUAUGUUAAUGCUGAUUCUUCUAUAGAAGGAAACUAUACUCUGAGAGUCGAUUGCACUCCACUGAUGUACAGCUUGGUAUACAACCUAACAAAGGAGCUCCAAAGCCCUGAUGAAGGGUUUGAAGGCAAAUCUCUUUAUGAGAGCUGGAAUGGAAAAAGUCCUUCACAGGAGUUCAGUGGCAUGCCCAGGAUUAGUAAAUUGGGAUCUGGUAAUGACUUUGAAGUGUUCUUCCAAAGACUUGGAAUUGCUUCAGGCAGAGCACGGUACACUAAAAAUUGGGCAACAAACAAAUUCAGGAGCUAUCCAUUGUAUCACAGUGUCUAUGAAACGUAUGAAUUGGUGGAAAAGUUUUAUGAUCCAACUUUUAAGUAUCACCUCACUGUGGCCCAGGUUCGAGGAGGGAUGGUAUUUGAACUAGCCAAUUCCAUAGUGCUCCCAUUUGACUGUCGAGAUUAUGCUAUAGUUUUGAGAAAGUAUGCUGACAAAAUCUACAAUAUUUCAAUGAAACAUCCACAAGAAAUGAAAACAUACAGUGUGUCAUUUGAUUCGCUUUUCUCUGCUGUGAAGAACUUUACAGAAAUUGCUUCUAAGUUCAGUGAAAGACUUCAAGACUUGGACAAAAACAACCCAAUAUUAUUGAGAAUUAUGAAUGAUCAACUGAUGUUUUUGGAACGAGCAUUUAUUGAUCCUUUAGGAUUACCAGACAGGCCUUUCUAUAGGCACAUCAUAUAUGCUCCCAGCAGCCACAACAAGUAUGCAGGGGAGUCAUUCCCAGGAAUUUAUGAUGCUCUGUUUGAUAUUGAAAGCAAGGUGGAUCCUUCCGAGGCCUGGGGAGAAGUGAAGAGACAGAUCUCCAUUGCAGCCUUUACAGUGCAGGCUGCAGCUGGGACCCUGAGAGAAGUAGCCUGAGGUGGUUCUUCAGAGAUCCUUCUUUGAAUAGGUAUGGUCUAUCACUCAGAAAGAAUCAUGAAAGGUGUAUUCCGAAUUAGGAGUAAGGGCAUCAUCCAAACAUGGUGACUGGUUUCUAAAAAAAUAAAGUUAAUACACAUACACAUCUUAGCAUUUGUUUUUCUUCUCCUUUUGAAUCAAAAAAGAAAGAGAGACAAUUUUUAUUCUGUAAUUAUAGAAGGUUAUUCCAAAUUUGAACUGUUAAAAUUAACUUUCUCUCCUCCAAUCCCGUCCAUGUUGCUGCAAAUGUUGUGAAAUCGUUCUUUUUGAUGGAGAGUAAUAUUCCAUUGUAUAUAUGCACCACAUCAUCUUAAUCCAGUCAUCUGCUAAAGGGCAUCUCGGCUCCCUCCACAAUUUGGCUAUUGUGGACAAUGCUGCUAAAUUAAGGCAAACACCUACUAUAUUAAAACUCCUAUGCGGCAUUAUAGGGGAUAGAGUCUAAUUCAGCACUGGUGUCGACCCUGCUGGCCACCCAGGGCUGACAGAUCACUAUCUUAGCAAACUAGUUGAGCUACUCUGAUCUAAUCACACUGCUGGUAAUUAUAGUCACUCUAUAUGAUAAAUGAUAAUUAUUUUUAUUUAAUUAGCAAAUAUCCUAUUUAUAUCAAAGGGUAUAUAUAACAUAUGUACAGUAAAAAAUAAUAAAGAAAUGAACAUUGGUAGAACUGCCCUCCCACAAAUAACCAGAUUAAGAAAAGGAAUGUUACCAAUAUCUUUGAAUCCCCCAUCUACCACUGACCAGUGUGCCUUCAUCUUCUGCCAGAGAUACUCACUUUCUUGAAUCUUACGUGAAUCUUUCUGUUAUUUAUCAUUAUACCAUACAGGCCUAUAUUCCUUAUGUGUUUUUGGCUUUGUGUAUUUUUUUUAACUGUUUAUAAAUAAAAUCAUACUGUGUAUCUAUU